AUGGCACAGAUAACGACAAAGGCCAAAGGUUCUCCCAAUACAUCCUGUGAUGAAAAAGAUAGUCCUUUCAAGGAUAGUUCGGAGAUUAUUAAGUCAGGUAUCUCUGUACGCCUGGUCGCAGUCUUCGUAGGAAUUGGCCUGGCUAUUUUUCUGGGUGCUCUAGACAUGAACAUCGUGGCUACGGCAGUCCCCUCAAUCACGAAUGAGUUUCAUUCAUCUGAUGACUCUGGUUGGUAUGGAUCAGCAUAUCUCUUGGCGCUUUCCAGUUUACAACUGUCCUGGGGCCGCCUAUACAAGACCUUCCCUGCCAAGUGGACGUUCCUAAGCUCUCUCAUAACAUUUGAGAUUGGAUCCCUGCUGUGUGGAGUAGCGCAUACUUCAGCUGUCUUCAUUGUUGGUCGUGCUGUAGCGGGUAUGGGAAUUGCGGGAACGUUCUCAGGGGCAAUGAUCAUUGCCUCCUAUACAAUUCCUCUCCGGUAUCGUCCCAUCAUGAACAGUCUCUUUGCUGUAAUCAUGGGGUCUACUCGGGCCCUGGGACCUGUUAUCGGGGGUGCAUUCACUUCUACAGUGGGCUGGCGCUGGUGCUUCUACAUUAAUCUGCCAUGUGGUGUUGUUUGCGGCCUUCUCAUUGCACUUGGUGCCUCGCUUAAACAGGUCACUGUUUCAUCGAAAGAAUCAUGGAUCACUAAGCUCCGUUCAUUUGACUGGAUUGGCCUACUUCUUUGGGUACCAUUCGCCGUCUGCAUUCUGCUUGUUCUGCAAUUUGGUGGCGUCACAUAUACAUGGAAAAGUCCACAACUUAUCGCUCUAUAUAUUCUCUCGGUGGUGUUUCUUCUUUCAUUUAUCUACAGUCAAAUCCGCCUCGGAGAGAAGGCCACCGUGCCUCCACGUUUAAUGAAACAACGUAGCAUGAUCUGGGGCUCUAUCUACGAGUUUUUGAUUGGUGGUCUGAGUCAGCUUGUUCAAUACUUUUUGCCUAUAUUCUUCCAAACAGUCAAAGGAGAUUCCGCCCUCCAUUCUGGCACUUCAACUUUACCACUGCUGAUUUCAUACACCCUGUCACUUAUAUUUACUGGUAUUGCUGUAUCGGUGAUAGGGAAAUACGCCCCGUUCAUGCAUAUCGGUAGUGCUAUUGCAUCGGUUGGUCUAGGUCUUCUUAGCACUCUUACUGCAUCCACGGACCUCGGCCGAUCAAUCGGAUCCCAGAUCCUCUGUGGUGUAGGUAUUGGCCUUGCACUGGACGGUCCACAGCUAGCGGCCCAGACUGUCUUUGAACAGACAGAUGUUCCUAUUGCUCUCACAGUAGUCACAACUCUAAUGAACUUUGGUGGUGCCAUUUUCGUUGCCGUGGGGAGCAGCAUUCUCAACAAUCGAGCUAGGAUUCUCCUGGCAUCUAGUGGAUUAAAUGUGAGCGCGGCGCUGGCCGCAGGCACAGGCCUUACUGAUUUGGUCAGCUCACUACCAGAGAGCGAGAAGAAUGUAGCCAUUGAUGCCCUUCAAAUUGUUAUUUCCAACGUUUUUGAAUGUGGUAUCGCGAUUGCUGUGCUCUCGUUUGUUGUUUCGUUCGGGGUCGAGUGGCGCUCGGUAAAGAGCAAAAAGGGCCCUACGAAGUCAGAUGAGGAGGUUGGAGAAAAGGAAGAGAUGAAAUGA